GCCGCUUCACUUCUAUGUAUUAUUAAAAGUCGUUCAAAAAUAUUUGUCUGAUUUAAAUCAACAGAUAAUUAAAGUGAGAAUAUAAACAAUACUUAAGGAGUCCCAGCAGUGAUUGUAUACCGUGGAUAAUACACGAGAGGUAGUAUUUUAUAAACUUUAGGAAGAACUUCGAGAACUCGCAAGCCACGUGAACGCACCGCCGUACAGUGGUUAUUGUGGCGGUUCUGGCUUGCCAAAGUAGUUGCGUAAAACUCGCGUAAACUUUUGUGAAGAGAAAAUUGCACUGCGACGCGACCGACUGCGACUGACAGAAAACCGCAGAAAACACGAUGACGUGAUGCCACCUUGACUUUGAAUGUCUCAGAAGUUAGUUUAGUUUCCGGUCGGGUCAUUUUAGCUAAAGUGACGCAACUCCAAACAACUGAAUUCUGCUUUAACGUCGUGUUGUUGUCCGCCAGUUUGGUGACAUAUAUACGGAACGGUACCCCCGACACUGGAUUAGUCUUUUUGGGGAUAGGAUGGCUCAUGACCCUCAUCCACCACCUUUAAGCGGUUUGUAGCCGGGGAACACUCGCCGCUUCCGCCGCCAUGGGGACACGCUGGUCCCGAAGGGGAAGCAGCUUGCCGCUUGUCCCGGAGGCGAAAACAGGGACAGGGGUCCUAACGGAAGACGGAGACUCCGAUAACGACUCUCUGGACGGGCUCUGCAGGCGGGAAGACAUAGCUCAGUUCCCGUACGUGGAGUUCACCGGCAGGGACAGCAUAACGUGUCCUACGUGUCAGGGGACAGGACGGAUACCAUCAGAACAAGUGAAUGAGCUGGUUGCUCUCAUCCCGUACAGCGACCAGAGGCUGCAGCCACAAAGGACGAAGCUCUAUGUGGUCCUGUCCGUCGUUCUCUGCCUUCUGGCAUCAUCGCUGAUGGCUUUCUUCCUUUUCCCCCGAUCGGUGGUGGUCGUGGAUGCUGGGAUACGUUCUGUGACCGUGAGGUUCGACCACUCCAACACGAAGGUCCUGAUGAACAUGACGAGAACUUUAAACUUCAGCAACCCAAACUUCUUCUCGGUGUUGGUUCAGAGCGUGAGCUGCCAGGUUCUCUACCUGAAGACGGUGAUCGGGACCCAGCAGCUGGACGACGCCACCACCAUCCUGCCCCUCAGUGAGAGUCAGGUGAACUUCACCGUCAGCAUGGAGAUCGGCAGCAGCGCUCCAUACGUUUACACCUUCUGCUCCAUGUCCGCCAUCAAGGUCCACAACAUAGUGGUGUUUAUGCAAACGUCGGUGAAAACCUCCUACAUGGCGCGGACAUCCCAGAACAGUUUGGAGUCGUACAACUACAUCGACUGUUGGUCCAACACCACGUACCACCAGUCAGCUAAGUAGCACACUCUCACAGCAGCUGAAGGUGGUGCUUUCUGACUAAAAUGGAUUUUCUAGUCCUGGUUGCAAAGAACAUUGUUUGAUUUUCAUCUGCUGUGACAGAGGGAUGAAACAAACUAAAAGGGAUGUUGGGUUUAGUCGUAAAAGCUGGUGAAUGCCAGUUCAGCGCUGUUUUUUCUGAAUCGUCACCCUUCACGCCACAUCACACGCACACACUCCGAUGUCAACGACUGGACGCCAGAUCACACCAAGGGCUCGACUGGAGUCACGAAAGACGUCACAUUAGUUCUUUUUGUUUGGGAGAAAAUGACGAUUGCACAAAAGCUCCCAACUGCAACCUUCUGGUUUAAAACGAUCCAAACGAUCUUCGUCGGCGCUUCAGUUCUGGUCGUCUCGACUAAAGCUAAAGGAGAAAGCAGGAACUUUGACCUGAGCUGUUUUGUUGUUUGCUGAGUGGAAAAACUAUUUGCUCAUUUGCAGUUCAAUGAUUUUUACCAUUUGGAUAAAUUAUUUUUCCUUCCAGCAAGUCUACACACACACACUGAUCUCUAGAUUUAAGGAGUUCGUUUUUACACAUUUGAGUUUUUUUAAUAUAAAACUUGCGUUUAAUCAUAUUUAUCAGCACAAUACUGCCUGGAGUCAAGCGGUUGCUUUUAUAAUGAUUAUCAUAUAAGUAAAGUUCAGAAUUUAUUUUUCCGUUAAAGUCAUAAUGAAAACAGACAGACCAAUGUUAAGUUCUUUUAAAAUGUUUGUUGCAUUUUUGUUCUGUUGCAACUUAAAUAUUAAAGAUAAUUGUAAUAAAA